UUGCUUAGAAAAGGUGUGUACGACAAAGACCUCACGGUGGAUCAAUUAUGGCGAGCAAAACAAAUCUAUGACUCUGCUUUCCAUCCGGACACUGGUGAGAAGAUGAUACUUAUAGGAAGAAUGAGUGCACAGGUCCCCUGUAAUAUGACAAUCACUGGUGGAAUGCUAACGUUUUAUAAAAAAACUCCCCAUGUGAUAUUUUGGCAGUGGAUUAACCAGACCUUUAACGCUGUCGUCAACUAUACAAAUCGAAGCGGCCCCAAACCAAUAUCGAAAGAAAGACUGUUUGUUUCGUAUGUCGCUGCGACGGCAGGUGCAAUGGCUACAGCUCUUGGUGCAAACUUUUGGUUAGCGAAGAGGAAGGGAGUUCCAAAACUUGUGGGAGCAUUAGUUCCUUUUCUAGCUGUGGCUGGUGCAAACGCAAUAAACAUCCCUUUGAUGAGAAGCAACGAAUUCGCAGUUGGUAUACCUAUUGAAGACGAAAAAGGUACGGAGUUGGGAUCCUCGCUAACGGUGCCGUACUAUGCUAUACCUCAAGUACUACUUAGCCGAAUUGGUAUGGCUGUGCCUAGCAUGGGUUAG